GUAAAUGAUCUAUAGAUCAGUAAACAUCACUGGCGCAUUGAUUUUCUGCGUGUCCUGUCUUUCAUUGUGAUUUCCUAUCAGCUCUUCCGGACUCGUUAUUGUUGCAUCAGAUAGUGAAAAAUGGCAAACACAGGAGAUCAAGCCUUUGAUUAUGGCUUCAUACUGCGCAUAAGUGAGGAUACUCGCAGAGUUGAUGCUUUGAAUGAGUACUUGAGCAGUCGCAGUUACCUGGCCGGCUACAGGCCAUCGCAGGCAGACACAGAAGCCUUUUCGCUUCUCUGUGGGCCCCCGCCUGAGCGGCAUACCCACGCCCUACGCUGGUACAAACACAUAGCCGCUCUGAAGCCCCAAAUGAAUGACCAGACCCCAGAAUUCAGCACUAGGGGAAAACGUGUGCAGCCACCUUGGUCUCCCCCUGAAGGAACAGGAGUUUCAAAGUUGCGUCUCUAUAACAGUCUCACACGAACCAAGGAGGUGUUUGUACCACAGAAAGGAAACCGUGUCCUGUGGUACUGCUGCGGCCCCACAGUGUAUGAUGCAUCUCACAUGGGCCAUGCCAGAUCCUACAUAUCUUUUGAUAUACUCCGGAGAAUACUGAAGAAUUAUUUUAAAUAUGACGUCUUUUACUGUAUGAACAUCACAGAUAUUGAUGACAAGAUCAUCAAACGAGCGAGACAGAACCAUCUAUUGGAGCAAUACACACAAAAGAAGCCCAGUGCCUCUCAGAUACUGCAGGAUGUGUUAACAGCCAGAACACCCUUUAAAGUCAAGCUUGCUGAGACUACAGACCCAGAUAAAAAGCAGAUGCUGGAGAGGCUGGAUGCUGCAGUGGAUGCUGCCCUGAGUCCCCUGCAGGUGGCAGUGCAGAGCAAGGGUGCAGACGAAUCCAUCCAGAACAAGGCAGAGGUCUUAUUGGAGGAGGCCAAAGAUCUUUUGUCUGAAUGGUUGGACUCUCAGUUUGGGAGCCAAGUGACAGAAAAUUCUAUCUUCUCUCUUUUGCCGAAGUAUUGGGAGGGAGAGUUUCAUAAAGACAUGGAAGAUCUGAAUGUCCUCCCCGCCGAUGUUCUAACGCGGGUCAGCGAGUAUGUGCCAGAGAUUGUUGCAUUUGUCAAAAAGAUUGUGGACAACGGCUACGGAUAUGAGUCAAAUGGUUCAGUAUAUUUUGACAGUGCAAAGUUUGAUGCCUGUCCUGCUCACUCUUAUGCCAAAUUGGUACCAGAAGCUGUUGGAGAUCAAAAAGCUCUUCAAGAGGGAGAAGGAGACUUGAGUAUCUCAGCAGACAGACUCAGUGAAAAGAGAUCGCAGAAUGACUUUGCGCUGUGGAAAGCCUCCAAGCCCGGAGAGCCAUCCUGGGACUCUCCAUGGGGAAAAGGGAGACCCGGAUGGCAUAUUGAGUGUUCAGCCAUGGCUGGAUCUAUAUUGGGAGAGUCUAUGGAUAUCCACGGAGGAGGAUUUGACCUGCGUUUCCCUCAUCAUGACAAUGAGUUGGCACAGUCUGAGGCUUACUUUGAGAAUGAUCACUGGGUGCGGUAUUUCUUGCACACAGGUCACCUGACUAUCGCUGGAUGCAAGAUGUCCAAAUCUCUGAAGAACUUCAUCACUAUCAGAGAUGCCCUGGCUAAGCACACAGCAAGACAGCUUCGUUUGGCAUUCCUAAUGCAUUCAUGGAAAGAUACAUUGGAUUACUCCAACAACACUAUGGAGUCGGCCAUCCAGUAUGAGAGGUUUAUAAAUGAAUUCUUCCUGAAUGUGAAAGAUAUUCUCAGGAGCCCUACUGACAUCACCGGCCAGUUUGAGAAAUGGGAAACUGAGGAGAUCGAACUAAACAAGAGUUUCUAUGAAAAAAAAGCAUCAGUACAUGAGGCGCUGUGUGACAACAUCGACACCCGUUCAGCUCUGGAGGAGAUGAGGGCUCUGGUUGGUCAGAGUAACACAUAUAUGGCAGCCAAAAGGAGCUCAAAAUUGCCGCCCAACCGUAUGCUGCUAGAGAGCAUUGCCCUAUACUUGACCGAAAUGCUUAAGACAUUUGGAGCGAUCGAGGGAAAUGAGCCUAUUGGCUUCCCUGUUGGAGGAACGGGCCAGAAUGCUGAUCUGGAGAGCACAGUCAUGCCCUAUUUGUCAGUGCUUUCAGAGUUCAGGGAAGAUGUCAGAAAAAUUGCAAGAGAGAAGAAAGUGACAGAAUUGCUGCAGCUUUGUGAUGUAUUACGUGAUGACGUUUUACCUGAGCUGGGUGUCCGACUGGAGGAUCGGGAGGGAUUUCCCACAGGGGUGAAGCUGGUGGACAAAGAUACUCUUAUGAAGGAGAAAGAGGAAAAGAAAAAGAUGGAAGAAGAAAAGAAAAAGAAAAAAGAGGAGGCUGCCAGGAAAAAACAAGAACAAGAGAUGGCAAAGCUGGCAAAAAUGAAGGUUAAACCGAGUGAAAUGUUCCGUUCAGAAACUGACAAGUACUCCAGUUUUGAUGAAACGGGCUUCCCAACACAUGAUGCUGAGGGAAAGGAGCUCAGUAAAGGACUGACCAAAAAGCUUCGCAAGCUUUAUGAGGCUCAAGAGAAGCUGUACAAUGAAUACCUCCAGUCAACCCAGAACGGGAGCUGAAAACUUGACACAUUAAGUCACACAUUGAUGUUACCCGUGAUCUGCCAGUUAUGUCUGUUGUGAACCUGUCUUCUUGUGUUUGUUUAAAAAGCAGCAAGACUUAAGGACCUCAUAUACAAAUUUGCCACUAAACCUUUGCAAAGUUCCUUCUGAUCAUCAUUAGAAGGGUGUCAUUGAAUGCUUUGCGAUUGUGGCAUUAUAGAUAUUUUAUGACUAUAAUAAUAAGGGUACAGACUUCAGAUUGUGUGCUUUUUACACACAGAGAACAAAGAUGUGAGGAUAUCAAAACUUUUCUAAAUUUGUUUUUUAAAUUUGGGCACAAACUAUUUGGCUUGUUGAUGUAGAAAUGAUAUUUAAUGUUUUUGAAAUUGAUUUAAAAUUGCUUUCUACAACAAAUCUAUGUACAAGUGAGCAUCACUGAUGUUUAGGAAUAAGUCAAUGAUAAUACUGAUUCCAUUCGAAUCAAAAUCUCAGACUAUACAGGAAUGAAGGGACUUGCAAUGAAGGGGUUUGCAGUUUUACCACAAAAGGAAAAGAGGCACACAUAGGAGAAACAGUCUUUGUUAUUAUUAACAUACUCUUUAUAAGAACCUUGAUAUCAAAAUAAAAAAGGAUUUUGAUUAAUG